ACUCGCCUUGUUGUGUGUAUUCCCGUGCUCGCAUCGCCAUCUUGUUGCAAUCCUAUUUUUUACGUAUGCGAGGAUCUACUUUCCGUUCGGCCGGAUUAAAAAUUGUCCGUCUGCUGUCAGCAGAAACACAGGGGACGAAAGGCUCGGGCGUGCGGGUGUGAACCGUGCACACGGGCGGCGCUUUCCACCGGGACACUACCUUUACCCCUCGGUCUUUUUCCUCCUUCCGUCCCGGGCCACCGGGUCGCCUGUCGUGAGGGUUUUCGCGCAAUGAGCAUCGAUACACUUUUGGAGGCGGCCAGAUAUCUGGAAUGGCAAGCCCAGCAGCAGCAGAUCAAACGAGAGGAAGAGCAGUGUAAAGAGAAGGAGCUCAUCAACAGGGAGGUGGAGUCGAGGCGUGUGGAACUUGUGACCUCGCCGUCUCAGCCAGUCAGAGCCAACCACAUCACUUGGGGCGAUGACGCUCACCGCAAACAGCCGCAUCACCCUCCUGCCCCUCCGCCCCCAUCUCUACCACCGCCUCAAGUCCCCAUUGCUGUCAUCCCAAUGGUCCCAGUUGUCACCGCGACUCCCUCGGUCCCGCCCCUUCCGCUUCCAACGCCGAUUGCAGCGGCGGCAGCAUCGCUCAACAGCUCCCCACCAGCCCAGAACGCUUCCUCCCCGCCACAGCCACAGCAGCAGCAGCAGCAGCCGGCAUCUCGUCACCUGUUGUGCGCCUCCCAGAUAAAAGUAGAAACUAGUCAGCAGCUGGUUGGUGUAAAGCCCAGCCAGUCGCAGCCUCAGGUUCAGAUUCAGUACCCAACCUCCAUCAGCACUAAUGGCUCUGGCUCCCAACAUGCACUGGUUCCCCAUCAAGCUCCACCCAUGUCUCAGCCUCGGCCUAACGGAGUGACGAUGGAGGACAUGAGGGGGAUGGAAGGGAAGAGGAGACCAGGAGGGGCAGGGACCAGAGAGGUGCAUAACAAACUGGAGAAGAAUAGGCGAGCGCACCUCAAAGAGUGUUUUGAAACUCUGAAGAAGAAUGUUCCUAAUGUGGAUGAGAAGAAAACCUCCAACCUCAGCGUUCUCCGCAGCGCUCUACGUUACAUACAGACUCUGAAGCGUAAAGAGAAGGAGUACGAGCACGAGAUGGAGCGUUUGGCCAGAGAGAAGAUCGCUACGCAGCAGCGGCUGGCCGAGCUGAAGAACGAGCUGAGCCAGUGCAUGGACGUCAUGGAGAUCGACAGAGUCCUUCGACAGACCAUCCAGCCUGAGGACGACCAGGCGUCAACAUCCACCGCCUCAGAAGGAGAAGAUAACUAUGAGCAGGACAUGGAUGAGGACGUUCCUGCUCCUCCUGCCCCUACAGCUCUUCCCAAACCAGCGCCUCCCAUCAUACAAGCCCAGCCAAUCCUCACCCCUCACCUGUCCAUCCAGCACGCCGCCCUGCCUCUCUCUGGAGUCCUCACCUCCCCUACUCCCUCCGGUCCCCCUCUGCCUCAAGCCAUCGCCCCUGCUCCGGCUCCAGGUCCGCCCCCCCCGCCAGCGCCUCACCCCAUUCAGCCUCCAGCCAUGCAGGUCCAGCCCACCGUCAUCGCUCACGCCGCCGUCUCCCACCCGUCAGUCAUCCAGGCUGUCAAUCACGCCCUUCCAGCCAAUCACAAACACCUAACGCACAUCGCCCCCUCACCAGGCCCCACCUCUUCUACACCUCAGCCAAUCACAGCAGCUCCAGCUGCUCCCACCACCGCCACUCACCAGCCAAUCACCGCCCAGCCCAUCGGACACAUCACCGUCCACCCGGUGGCCCACCUGGGAGCUCCCCUGACAUCCCACCUCCCGACUCUCUACCCACAGGGUGUGUCUGUCUCACAGCCCACCAUGGUGGGCCACAUCACCCACACCUUCACCCACCACACCCUGCCGCACGUCCAGGCUAAUCCUCAAGUUAACACUAAUGGAGCCCAGGUGAACAGCGCGACUGUGGUGAGCCAGGGGAGCCCGUCGCUAGGGAAACCCACAGCAGUGCUGGCGCCUCACCCCCAGCUGGUUGGACAGGCCGCUGUCCUCAACCCUGUCACCAUGGUUACAGUUCCAACCUUCCCUGUCAGCACACUCAAACUGGCCUGAAACAGUAAAAACAAAUGAUUAGAUGGACCGAUGGAUGGGAGACGGGAGAGUGAAACAGAUCCAGAACCUCUGGAUGACUUUUCAUACUCCGGUCAAUAAUCAACAGCAGAGAAUCUCUGGCAGGCAUUUGACAAAAAGCAGCAACUGUUUUUGGACAUUUUGUGAUGAAUAUCUGCUGAGAUAUUUUGGUCACAGCUGUUAGUUUGUGAACAACAACAUUAAAGCAGAGUCAAUGUGUCAGGCCAUUGUUUGUGAAAAUGAGACUGUGACGUUUGUCUCGGCUGCAAAGACAGGAACUCUGUUUGACCUUUCUUCCUUCCUUCUCUCCUUCCUUUUCAAACAGAAGCACUAACAUAAUAAGCUCAGUUCACACUCAGGCAUCAAGGAUUUACCUUAACUUUUCACUCGCUCAUUGAAGGAAAACACAACAGAGAUAGGAGUCGUCGUUGGGCUGUUGCCGCAGUGAUACAGCGUACGCCCGUUUUACAUGAUAUAUUCACGAGGUCAUGUGGGACAGUUUGGUGGAGAAACGUCACUGAAGUGUUGGAGAGCAGGAGGAGGAUCCAAAUAAAUGACACAGACUGUUGAAAGGAAAAUAUUGCUUGGAGUAAUUUUCCCUUUGCUUUUGCCUGAAUCUGCGUGCAGCACUUGAUAGAUGAAGUCACUGUUUAAACACCUUGCAGAUAGUUUAGGAAAAACAGUUUAUGUAUGCAAUAAUAAAACCAGAUACACUCUGAAUCCCAGAGAGGCACAAGAGAAGGAAAGGGCAGCAUCUAUUACGGGAGAUUUCUGUUUAUUUAUCCACUCCCCCUUUGGGUUUUCUUUUUCAGAACAGUAGAGCGACUCCAGACAUGAGGGACAGGGUUUAACAGGAGGAAUUAAGGCAAUGACUGCUUGCUUUUCUCAGCGUACAUUAGUGUUUGUUGUGCAGAGAAGUCAUGCUGUGAAACCACAGAUAAAAGCAGAGCAACAAGUAGUUCAGAACCAGACAACUUAGAUACUGGCAUAAUGGCGUAAUCUUUAUUUUUUAAAAGAUUGUGCACUCCAGCUUUGAUGUGUUCCACGGUGAUAAACUCUCUGGUCUAUAGGAAUGCAGUGUUAAAGGCUCUUGAAUGCAUCUUUUUAUAGAGAGAAAAUGAUUUUCCAAACGCCAACAGGUCAUUUGAGUGCAUCAGGUUGGUGAUUAUUGAGAGUCAUUCCAACACUCAGCAGCAUUUAUGCUGGCUUUAAGAUGCUGUUUUCAUACCAACAAACACUUGUUGUGGACUGAUUCGGACAAGAGUCUGAGAGAUGGAUGCCUGAAACCUGCUCUCAAACAUUCAGUGACAGGUUUCCUUUUGUCCCGUCAUAACACACUGUUGUGAAAUCCAGGUUUUCAUCCUCCUCAGUCUAAUGCAACAGCUCCCUCUGCUGCCUCACCUCAGACCUCAUAAUGAUGUCACUCACACACAACACUCGGGCCGCAACACAAAACACCUGCAAGGCUUUAAAAAAAUCUGGAUACACACUGAGCGAUGCGUUACAGUAGCCCGAUAAAAACACAGAAUCUGAGAUGGUUUCUAUUACAUGCAUUGGCGACAAACUUCCAACUGAUUGUGAGAUUUAUUCUAGAGGGGUUUUUUUGUAAAGUUUGGAUAUGAAAAUGAUCAGGCCCAAGAGCCGUUUGCAUUUUUUUAGCAGUCGAUUUACAGUAGCGUCCAACAAACACACAUCUUCUAGUCUCGUAUUUUAAACUGUAAGAAUGGAAAUCGUGUCGUGGCGCCCACUUCUCUUUGUGUGCAUCUCGCGUGUGCAUGCUCACGUGCACACACACUCAGCCUUCUCGCCAGCCUUUACACGUCGCACCACGAAAUCUCCCCUCAGUGUAUGUAAUCAGUGUUGCGUGGAUCGGCUCCUUCUGCUGUUUCUAUAUGUUCUGUCUGUACACGUGACUGUAUUUGAUAUGUUUUAUAUUAUUCUGUACUAUAGUUAAUCCUAUCGUACCUGUAGCAUGGCUCUGUUUUUUUUUGGUUAUACAAGUUUGCCCUGUGCAUGAUGGAGUGUGUGUGUGUGUGUGUGUGUGUGUGUGUGUGUGUGUGCGCGCGUAGCUAGCAGGUUAUUUUUUUACACAGAGGUGAUUAAUGGUAUGAGCCUGUUUGGGUGCUAUCGUGUGUGCCUAUACUCAGUUUUCCUGAACACUGUGACAACUCCGGCAAAACACGUACACUUUGAGCGAAUGGAAGAGACAAAGAUUUACUGUCAUCAAUUGUUCCCCCUUAUUUUUUUAAAAAUGUUUUUAAGUUUUCCAUUUUGUGAGUUGGACUGAGACAUAGAGUGGAAAAAGUCAAAAAACAACAACAACAAAAAAAAAAAACGAAAGCCGUUGCUCUUUUCUUGAUAACAUAAUAAUGUCUAAUAUUAAAUUUGAGUUUUGUAAUAUUUGUAUGUAUGUAUGAAAGUUUUGUAAAUUUGUGAUUGUACGCACGUUUUGGCAUAUGAGUGUAUCUUAAAAAUUUUAAAAUGCUUGUUUCUUUUCGGUUUUGUUUUGCAUGUAGAUUGCCGUUUAGUUUCUUUUGUCUAAAGGUUUUUGUUUUAAUGUUUAUUUUUGGGACCAUGUACAAUACUGUAUAACGUGGGCAGAAUCUUGGACCUCAUGCUACAUUGAUAUUAUAUAUGAAUAUAAAAACAUGUUUUCCCUAUGGAGAAAGUUUUAAGUUAUAUAUCGCCUGUACACUUUGGGCUGCCUUUUAGAUCUAACUGUCCACUGUUUAAGAUAACAAUGAUGAUAAUGGAUAAAACAUAUUAAUGAUGAAGAAUUAUGCUGAUGAAAUAAUAAAGAUUCUUAAUAAAUCUUAUUACAUUUACAACA